AUGCAAUCCAUUCUGCAAUAUCGUCGGCUGCGGCACGAUCUACAAAAAACACUUCAACUGAGCUCCCACUACACCACCAGGAGUCCCAAAAUAUCAGACAGUGACGAGACAUCCGACAAUACUGCACACCCGAACUCAGGGGAAUCAAUUGUUCUUGGCACGGGUCACCGAGUAACAGUUCCCGGUAUCAGUGUUCAAUCCUCACCCGAUGGAGUUGACGGCAAAGUUUUGUUUGUUGUCGGAUUCAACAACGCUGAUGACCCACUUAAUCCGAAGAACUGGUCGCUGCGAUACAAAUGGUCAACCCUGGGUAUUGUGGGAACUACAGGGUUCUUAGUCGGAUGGGCCUCUGCCAUUGACUCCGCUGUCAUUCAACAAGGCCAGGAUGCAUUUGGAGUCAGCAAGAUCACCGAAUCACUCGCCACCGCUCUCUAUCUCUUUGCCUUCGGUUUCGGUUCCCUGGUAGCGGCACCAUUCUCGGAGACAGUCGGUCGGAACCCGGUAUACCUGGUGACAUUGUCGCUGCUCAUGAUCUUCAUUAUGGCAUCUGGUUUAGCGCCUAAUAUUGGGGCGCAGCUGGCAUUUCGAUUUAUCGCGGGUAUAUUUGGGUGUACACCUCUUACAACAUUUGGUGGCAGUAUGGCCGAUAUAUUCAGUCUGCUUGACCGCACCUAUGCCUUCCCGGUAUGCUGCACAUUGUCCUUUUUGGGUCCGUUUCUGGCCCCAAUGGUCGGCGCCUUUAUCGGCCAGAGUACAGCCAUAAGCUGGCGCUGGGUAGAAUGGACAUCCUUAAUUCUCGCUGGUUUGAUUACAGCGGCAAUAUUUUUCUUCGUCCCGGAGACCUAUGGCCCCGUCCUUCUUCAAUGGAAAGCGCACCAUCUUCGCUCAAUCACCGGCGACCAACGCUUUCUAGCUGAGAUCGAACUCCGCCAAGCCAGUCUCGCACGUCGUCUACUCACCAGCUGCUCCCGACCCUUCGAGAUGUUCUUCCAAGAACUCAUGGUCGCGCUGUUCACGAUGUAUCUUGUGGUCGUGUACAUCGUUCUCUUCGGCUUCCUGACAGGCUACGAAUUCAUAUACGGCGACACAUACGGGUUCUCGCAAGGGUCCGUCGGACUCGCCUUCAUCGGCAUGAACAUCGGCUUCUUGGUCGCCUUCGCCCUUGUCCCCCACAUUUACACGUCCUACAAGAAGCGUCUGCAGAUCGCCAUCGAUAGUGGUGAACACUCUCUCCCACCCGAAGAACGUCUCUGGUUCGCCAUGUACGCCGCCCCGUGGCUACCAAUCUCGCUCUUCUGGAUGGGAUGGACCAGUUACCCUGCCAUCUCGUAUUGGUCGUCACUCGUUGCGUCUGUGGCAUUCGGAUUCUCGGUCCAGGGUAUUUUCAUCUCGAGCUACCAGUACCUGAUUGAUACGUAUGAGGUGUAUGCUGCUAGUGCCUUAGUUAGUGCCACGUUCAUGCGCUAUCUGGCUGCCGGAGCUAUGGUGAUUGUGUCGAUCCCGAUGUAUGGGAAUAUUGGGGUGCAUUGGUCGUUGACGUUGCUGGGCUGUUUGUCGUUGAUUAUGACACCUGUCCCGUAUGUCCUUUAUAAGUUUGGGCAUGUGUUUCGGAAGAGAAGUCGAAUGGCAAGGGAGGAAUAG